UAAUAUUUAAUCCCGAGCGCUGGGAUUUCGGUUUCCGCACGGUGCCUUUUCCUGGAUGCGAAAACAGGAUUAGGGAGGGUUGAACGCCCUAUAUAACAUAAGUAACUAUUAUGUAUAUUGUCACUAUUGAACAGACAUAGUUAGGUAAACUAAAUUUAUCGUCCUACUACACCAUUUGUAAAACUAGUCUUUGUAAUAGCUAAAUAAAUAAUUGAAAUGGAGCGCUGGAAAGGCAGAGUAGCUCUCGUGACUGGAGCCUCGGUCGGGAUUGGAGCCGCAGUUGCACGGGCACUUGUCCAACACGGCAUGAAGGUUGUCGGAUGUGCCAGGAAUGUUGACAAGAUAGAGAAGCUGGCAGCAGAGUGCCAGAGCGCGGGCUACAGCGGCACGCUGAUCCCCUAUAAGUGUGACCUGUCCUGUGAGGAGGACAUCCUGUCCAUGUUCUCUGCCAUCAAGACGCUGCACCAGGGGGUGGACGUGUGUAUCAACAAUGCAGGCCUGGCCCACAACGAACCCUUGCUCAGCGGCAAGACCGACGGCUGGAGGAACAUGAUCGACGUGAAUGUCCUGGCCCUGUCCAUUUGUACCCGCGAGGCCUACCAGUCAAUGAAAGAGCGGAAUGUGGACGAUGGCCACAUCAUCAAUAUUAACAGUAUGGGGGGACAUAGAAUGGUACCUAGUGCAGAUGAACACUUCUACUGUGCCACUAAAUAUGCUGUUACUGCUCUAACCGAGGGGCUACGGCAAGAGCUACGGGAAGCAAAGACUCACAUCAGAGCCACGUGUAUAUCCCCUGGAAUAGUGGAGACUGAGUUUGCCUUCAGGCACCACAACAGUGAUCCAGAGAAAGCAGCUGCUGUGUAUGAGAGUAUAAAAUGUUUGAAAGCACAAGACAUAGCCAGUGCAGUCACAUACGUUCUGGGCGCCCCCCCUCAUGUCCAGAUUGGAGAUGUGCAGAUGAGGCCGGUGGAACAGGUGUCAUAGCAACCGAGCAGGAAGGAAUCAGCUGAAGGAGCAGAUGGAGCCAGGCAGCGUGCGCCAUGGUGACGACUCCUUAGCGACCCCUGCUGGGCAACGACGGAAACAAACUAGGAUUCAACUGGAUUUGGAGUGGAGGGAUCGGUUUGAGGGGUGGAGGUGGCUGUGUGUGGUGGGGGGAUCUCUGGUGUGGAGAUGAGAGGAAAGGAGGAGAGGGUGGGCAGGUACUCUUAACCACUAUAUAAUUACUAUGAGUGCUGCAACAUGGUCUUUGGUGUAUUGCUCUGAAGCCACUGCAAACUUAGGAGAGGAGAAGAGGGUUGUUGGUCAUGUGCUUAUGUGGUCAUAUAUUCUACAUGAGGGAAGAGUAUGCCAUCAAUUGCACAUGUUUAAAAAAAUAAAAUAAAUGUGUAGGUUGUAAUAGAUAUAUGUUUCAAAUGAUGGAAGACAACCCUGCUGUUCAAUAAAGAAUGAUAAUUAUAAUUUUUAUAUAUAGGUAUUUUAACUAUGAUUAUUGGUAGAUGUGGCUCAUACUGUACUUCCUAACCAUAGAUGCUCAAUCCAUUUCUGUCUUUACUUAUGUUUUUAAUAACAAGCAGAUUUGGUUGGCCUGGUAUUAAGUCCGCUCGUACGUUUUUCAAAACCCAUGUCAAUCAUCACUAAUUCAGAAAAUGUGUGUAAGGGACAUUCAAGCACGAUUACGCAACCCCAUCACUUUGGAGCAAGUGUAUUUCCCCACUCCCAUGUGAUUUAAAUUGUUUUGCACUUUGGAUCCAUUUGGAGGAGUAUAAAGAAAACACUCAUCUUGUCUAGAGGAAGUAACUAACUCGAAUAUACUCUCCGAAGUGUGUACUUGUAUGAUACAGUAGAUGUUUAUCAAUAAAAUGAAUUAAGAAUUGUCAAA